AGAGAGACAUAAAAAAGGAACAAAUCCCUUAAAUAUAAUAUUAUAUAUAGAUGUACAUAUAGAGAACCAAUACUAUGUACAUAUACGGAAUGGUGUAUAAUGAAUGAUUCCAAUAAGAAAACAUUUUCUUAGCAAAUCUUAGUUACGCCCUUCUCUUUUCAUGUUCCUAUCAAUUCGCCCUGUAAUAUUAUUUAAAAAUGUAAAAUAUAAAUAGAGACAAAUUAACACCAAACCAAACUAAAAACCCAACAACAAUAGAGAGAGAGAGAGAGAGAGAGAGAGAGAGAAGAGAAAAUAUCUCCUCUCUUCCUAGCUCUGUAGCUUAAGAGAAAAAAUGGGAAUGGAAAGAGUUGAGGUAAGAGGUUUGAUGAUAUGGUGUAUGAUAAUGGGUUUAUUAGCAAACUUGGUCACAACCCAUGUCCAUGGAGGGGACCAGUCUCCCUUGGUGGCAGCAGCCCAUUUUCGGAAAAUGAAAACUUUCGAAGCCUCGGCUGUCCCUGUUUCAGGAUCUCCAUUAGUUUCUCCUUCUCCCUCACAGGGGGAGAGUCAUCCACGAGUGUAUCACGUGACAUCGUACGGCGCUGAUCCGACGGGGAAAACGGACAGUACAGACGCACUUUUGGAAGCAAUGUCGGCUGCGUUUCAAGGCCCAACCGAAGGGUUCUUGAUGGAAGGGAUAGCCAAUCUUGGUGGCCCAAGGAUCGAUCUUCAAGGUGGUUACUACCUCAUCAGCCGACCUCUUCGUUUUCCGGCAGCCGGCGCCGGUAAUAUUAUGAUUCACGGGGGAACAUUGAAAGCUUCUGAUGAUUUCCCACUAGACGGAUAUUUGAUUGAUUUGUCAUCAUCAUCAUCAACAUCCAAAGCUAAACAGAGUAACGAAACACUAAAUGCUGAACUUGCUUCUUCUUCAUCCUAUAACUACGAGUACAUUACCAUAAAAGAUGUAAUGUUAGACUCAAACUACAGAGGUGGAGCCAUUUCAGUCAUAAACUCAUUAAGAACAAGCAUAGACAACUGUUACAUUACACAUUUCACAACUAAUGGAAUCGAAGUAAGACAAGGCCAUGAAACCUACAUUCGAAACUCUUACCUCGGCCAGCACAUCACGGCGGGUGGCGAUCCAGGGGAGCGCAACUUCUCUGGUACAGCCAUCACUCUGGAUGGGAAUGACAAUGCUGUCACUGAUGUUGUCAUAUUUUCUGCAGCCACAGGAAUUUUGAUCUCUGGCCAGGCAAAUGUACUCUCUGGAGUCCAUUUGUAUAAUAAGGCCACUGGUUUUGGUGGCACUGGGAUUUACUUGAAACUUCCCGGCUUAGCACAAACCAGGAUUGUGAAUUGUUACUUGGAUUACACAGGAAUCAUUGCUGAAGAUCCGGUUCAGCUUUUGGUCUCCAACAGUUUUUUCCUUGGGGAUGCUUAUAUUGUCCUGAAAUCAGUAAAUGGGGUUGCUAAUGGGGUCAACAUUGUGGACAAUAUGUUUAGUGGGUCUGGAAAAGGAGUUGAGAUUGUUCAGUUGGACCAAUCUAGAGGGAAAUUUAAGGACGUUGAUCAAGUUUUUGUGGACAGGAACAAUGUGAAGGGAAUGAAGCUCAAGGCCACAGUUGCUAAGGGAGCUGUUCAAGGGAAUGGAACAUCAUGGACGGUAGACUUCAGUGGAGUUCUUCUUUUUCCUAAUCAGAUUAGGCAUGUUCAAUACACUUUAAGCACACCCACUGGUGGAUUCCCUAACCAUGUCCUUCGCAAUUCGUCAGACAAUCGAGUUGUUAUUGAGUCCAAUGUGGCCAUUCCGGCCAGUGUUUUCGUAACGGUUAACCAAGUACUUGUUCAAAGCUAAUUAAUGUGCUUCUAAUUUCCUAACCUAUCAAUUGGAAUCAGAUAGUUUAAUCUGCCUCAGCUAAAUAGAAGAUAAAAACUCUCAAUUUAAUGUACUACAAUCAAAAGGAAAAUUAAUUGUCUUAGACUAUGUUGUAAGGUUUGGGAAUAUACUCAAUAAAGUGUAAAAUACACAAAAGAUGUUAUGAAGAAA